AGCGGACACAUAACUUUCAGAGGGAAAUGGGGCCUCCUCUCCCCCAAACUAAGGGCUGCAGCUGGUGGGCAGUUCCUCAUCUCGGUUUUCACUCUUCAUCAUGGAGGAGGAGUUUACCAUAGAGAUGCUUAUACUAACUGGUCAACUUACUCCGAGUCCUCCGGCAGAGAGUGUGUGAUCUCUGGUCCCACAAAGUCUUUGAUUUGAUCGAAACGACGCGCAGAUAAGCAGAGGCAUCAUGGCUGUGGCGGGCUGCACCAAAUGUAUCAAAUACAUGUUAUUCUUCUUUAAUUUUAUCUUCUGGCUGGCUGGAGGAGUGAUCUUGGGACUGGCUCUGUGGUUACGCCACGACAGCCAAACCAGCAACCUUCUCAUACUACAGUUUGAAGACCAGCAGGCACCGAGCACAUUUUACGUCAGUGUGUACAUACUGAUAGCUGUCGGAGCUGUGAUGAUGCUUGUGGGCUUUCUUGGAUGUUAUGGUGCCAUUCAGGAAUCUCAGUGCCUGUUGGGAACAUUCUUCUUCUUUUUGGUGAUCCUCUUUGCCUGCGAAGUGGCUGCUGCAAUCUGGGGAUUCAUGAACAGAGACACUGUACGUACAAUCUCCAAAGAACUCAUCAAUUUCUACGACUCGGCGUACAUCAAGGCUGUGGAUGUCUCGGGGUCUCCCAGCAAAGACGCAGCCAUCAAGGUGCUGGCGGUUUACCACAAUACGCUCGACUGCUGUGGCAAAGGAGCUGACACCGCUCUCUUCUUACAAGUCGCCACCACCUUGUGCCCUGGAAAAGUUUUAGAAAGCUUUCAGAAAUCACAGAGCUGUCACGAUAAGCUGACUUUACUGUUUUCCGAGAAGCUCUACCUCAUCGGCCUCGCUGCCUUGGUGGUCGCCGUCAUCAUGAUAUUUGAGAUGAUCUUCACCAUGGUGCUCUGCUGUGGGAUCCGGAACAGCCCAGGAGUGUACUAGGUUUCCAGAGAGCAGCAACAGUGCCACAUAAGCCAAUACUAAAGUGUUUUUGUGCGUCGACUCUUUUCCUUUGAGCAUGAGAUGGCUUUUUCUCCUUCUAUUUGUAGGCUAGACUGUGUUGAUAACAUUGCUAACAGAUCACCCUAAUAUUUAGACAGUAAAAGACCUUUCAGAGGUGAGAAGAUAUUUUGUUAUCAUACAACACAAAUCAUAUUAUUCUUUUAUCGAUACAGUUUUUCUGGAAAAUCUGAGCUGAAUCUGUUUUUAUGGUUGUAUAAAUUGUACAUAUACUUACUGUCAUAUGUUAAUGACACUAAGGAAAGUGUGUGUGUUGUCUGGUUGUUUAUGUUGCAUCUUGCUACAACGUGAUGUGAUAUUCAAGCAGGGACUCUGUAAUCAGAUUUCUGCUAAAAAUGUGUCUCUUUUAUGAACUGGUAAACCAUCUCAUGCUAUCUCACAUUGUGAGACAGAAAAUGUACAUCUCCUCUCUAAACCCAUGUUAAAAAUGCUAAUAAAUUAUGUCACCACUCUUGUACCAGUGGUUUCCAUCCUGUUUUAUUCAUGGUCCAAUAUAUAUAUGGUCCAAUAUAAAGCUAUUUAACCAGACGUGGUUUAAUU